GUUUAUUUUAAUAUUAUGUAUGGAAAUUUUAAUUGUUAAAUUACACACAUAAUAUCAUACUUACAACGACAAAAAAAAAUUGAAAUAGUACAUCACACUAAAGGACGUAAAGGGCUACUAGUUAAAAGACACACAGCUUGAUAGGAAGGGUUUGAGUGGAGGCUGCACUAUAGUUUUUUUUUUUGUUACACCUUUAUAUAGGUAAUAUACACAUCUGAAGCAAUUAGGACCCACUAUAUCAUUUUAUUUCACGUGUUUUCUGUUUUUAUUCCUACAACAGUGAUUUCAUUUAGUGUAUAGUUUCACAAGAUAUUAAAACAAUUCAUUCAUCUUUAUUUUAGUUUUAGUGCAUCACGAAUAUGGUUUCUUGUAGCGAAGAAGUAACUCUUAAAAAUUUAAAGUUGCAUUCUUCAGAUUUAGAAAAUUUUUGCCAUGCUGAAAGCGGCUCCACGGUUUCUUCCAUGCGGCGGCGUCGCGGCUGCAUUGAGUCACGAGACCGUAAUCCCCCUGUUGAAUGGGAGACUGCCAUUCGAAAUUUAAAUAUGAUGCAGCUAGAAAAUAGAGAAAAACUAAACGGAUCUUUACAGCGAGAGAGCUCUAUGCGUUCAAUUACGUCUCAGGGUAUACAACAAUUUAACAAUUUAUCAAUCAUCAUUCCCCAUGACAUGUUGGAGUCCUCCAGUCCGAUGCCCCGAAACCCAUCAUGUAACAUGAGACCACCUCAAAGUAGUCGAGACAGGAGCACUACACAGGGCAUAUGGGUGCCACAUGACGACACCAUUUCUACAACGCUCGAAAAAAAAGAGUUCAUACAGUCCGUUGAUUCUAUUCACAACACCAUAAAUACUUCUAAACCAUCAUACGUGUCGUUGCAAUACAAAUGGUGCGCUUCACCUGAUGUGGAGCAAACUCCACAUUCGAAGCCCAAGGAACCAAGUAUUAAUGGUAACAACCAUUUGAUAGAGAAUUCUAACAGGGGUAGUUCAAACCAGGGAAAAACGUCGCCCAAGUCCUCAGUGAAGGUAGAAGGUAUUCAGGAACAUCGGAACGGAACAACUGAGACGGGCCGGGAUGUUAAUAAACACGUAGUUCCCACUCUCAUCCAUAGUGGGAACCACACGAAGGAUUCUAGAAAAGGGGAGACACCUGACCGCACAGACGCGGCGAGAUGUCCUGAAUCUAUGCAGUCUAAAAGUGGUAAUGCUAAUCUUCAGAAUUGUACCAUCUCCGAGCACAAACUAGAUUCUCCAGUGGAGCUCAUCUCGACGCCUACUCCAAGAGCUAAGGUAUCGAACACAUCACAAAGCCCUUCCAUAGAUCCUGUGAUGAGGAGGCUUGAUCCCAAUAUCACAACCAUACCAGCACUUACAUCUAAGCCUGAUAAUCUCGUGGUUUCACCAUGCUCAAUCCCCAUCGUGUUUAAUUUGGAUAAAAAGCCAAAGCGAUCUCCCUUGAGAAGAGAGUCCGCUGGACCACGAAAAGAAUUUCGUGCGGUGUCAACCCUGAAGUAUGGUACCACUCCACGCCGUACAGGCUCAAAAAGCGUAGGAGUCCCUCACCGCACCCCUCGAACCUGUGGCGAAGAAAAGGGAAAGCCCAUCUUGCUAGGCGGUUCUGCUUUCGUAGCAACUUCGAAUAAUUUCAGUAGAAUUAGCGGCAGUGAUGGCAGCGACCCCAAAACAGCUUCCACACAAAAUACAAUAAAGGACGUUGCCAAGGCUUCCGUGGGUACCGUAGCGAAUCCUUUAGACCGCAACAUAGCUAGCACCGUGUUCACCACAGCACUCACCGAGAAUACAGAAACUACCACAGUUUGUAAACCACAAGUCUCAUGUGCUCAGCGUAAAAUAUUCCCCUCUACCCUGGCACACUCUAAAAACAUCUCUUCGUCUCCUCCAGAUACCACUAAAAUAACUCCGGAGGAGUCUGAUUUUCCAGUACCGCAGCCUAUCGUGGAUCCUACUUCUGAUAAAAAGCAGUCAGGUCAAGCAUCCGCGCAAAGAUGUCAGAAAGGUCCACUGAUAUAUAGGACCACUGCACUAUCUGAACAGAGGCGGCGGGACUCCGUACGGAUUCGCUGCGAGCGCAAGAAGGAAGAGGAGGAUAAAGCUAAUACUCUUGCUUCUUCCCAUGGAAACUUCGCUGCUUUUCGUGCAGACAAGUGCAUGAGCACCCGCGAGAGCUCCGUCCAGGUGCCUGCCAAGCGUCCUGCCCAACGUCCUUUACACACGACGCUUGUAAUACAGCCUUCUACAACCCACGUGACCACGCAGAAGAAGCCAUAUUUCCCAGCCAAAGUCGCGGAGGUCUUACCAGAGGGGAACAAAGAAGUUUCAAGUGCACCCCAGUGCCUUAAUAACCCACUCAACAACAUUUAUUUAGAUCCGAAGGGGUUACCUUGUGCAGAAGGCAAACAGAUUGCUUCUCUCAACAUCGUGAAAAGCGCCCGAAAAGCCACCACCGAGGCUGCGAUUCCCGUGGAUAACGAGGGGUUUCAGCCGGGGCGCACCCCCCGUUGCAGGACUCUGGUGCCUUUUUGUAUUCAGUGUGGGAAACGUCACAUUUGUGACACCGCUAGGUUCUGCGCGUUUUGUGGGCAUAAACGCGAGUCGGUCUAG